GUUCCAGGGAGCCCGGCCGAGGAGGUCCCUAUGUUGACUAAUUGAGACUAUAAAUAUGGCCUUCUAUACUUAUAAUACAGUCUUAGCUAUUGCCCGAACAAGAUUCCCAUUUAAAUAAAACAUAUAUGAAGAACUAUGGAAGCAAGAAGUACUCUCAUUCUAGCCAGUCAGGCAAUAAAGUUAUUUACUUACAAACUAGAAUCAUACAAAAACUACAUACAUCAACAUGCUGGCUUCAAGAGGUCCCCAGUAAACCUCAGCCAGAACAAACUACAGAACAGCCACAGGUGACAAGCCCUCAGCUCACAAAAGAAACUGGCAAGAAGAUUAAGGAAGUAAAGCGAUCUCAUAGACAAAUAAUCCUGGAUGAACUUAAAUAUUAUUACAAUGGAUUCUACUUGCUUUGGAUUGACACUAAAGUUGCUGCCAGAAUGGUUUGGAGGCUGUUGCAUGGACAGGUGCUGACCAGACGAGAGAGACGAAGGUGUUUCUGAAACUCUUCCCAGAAAUGCUGCCAUCAACUUUUGAAAGUGAGUCUAAAAAGGAAGAAAAACAGAAAAAGAAAAUGGCUGCAAAGUUGGAACUAGCAAAAUUUCUUCAAGAAACAGUUACAGAAAUGGCAAGGAGAAACAGAGCCAAGUUGGGAGAUGCCUCUACACAGUUCUCAUCCUACAUACAACAGGUCCAGACAGGCCACAAGCCCUGCACAAAGGAGAUAGUUCGCUUUUCCAAACUAUUUGAGGAUGAGCUAACCAUGGAGCACUUAGAUCGACCUCAGCUCGUUGCCCUUUGCAAACUGCUAGAAUUGCAGGCCUUUGGAACCAACAAUUUGCUCCGCUUUCAGCUCCUGAUGAAACUGAAAUCUAUAAAACAAGAUGAUGAAGUAAUUGCCAAAGAAGGGGUGAGUGUUUUGAGUGUGUCAGAACUCCAAGCUGCCUGUAGGGCCCGAGGGAUGAGAGCACUAGGUCUCACUGAGGAACAACUGAGGCAGCAGCUCACAGAGGUAGGCCCUAGCUCCUCUCUGACCCCUACUCCCAACAGCUUCCUAUGA